AUGCCAAUGCAACCACCACAACCACAACAGAGAAUAAAAAUGCAAGCUACCGAAGGUCAUACGGUGUUCUCACAGACUCAGUUGACAGCCUUGAAAUAUCAAAUCAUGGCGUACAAACUCUUAUCCAAAGAUACACCACUACCAUUAAACCUUCAACAAGCAGUCUUGGCUCCUUUUAACGGCCUCUCCGUUGAAUCCCCCACAACACCCACUAUCAAACAAACCAAGAAACCCAUCAACAAGCCACAAUCUCCUUUACGAUCAAUACCACAAACAAAAAUACCUACCAGACCACCUUAUAACGCCUAUGUAGUUCCUAGCCAAUUAUUACCCAAACCUAUCACUUCGUAUGUGCAUGCAUCUAGACAGCAGAGAUUACUCGUACCCAGUUUGACUCCUGCUGGAUUAGAUACCCAUCAUAUCAUAUCUCAACGUGAGGAAAGAAUUGUAGCUCGCAUGCAACAUCGAAUUCAUUCACAUCAACCCAACGAUGAGAACAGUAUGAAAAAAGUCAUUCACAUCAAAGCAUUGAAAUUGCGCGAGAAACAACAAAAGCUUCGUAAUGAUAUUGUCUCUGCGAUUUCAAAAUCAACCGUGUUGGCUACCUCAAAUGAUAGAACUUCCUAUCGACGUAUGAAGAAGAUCACCUUGAAAGAUUCUCGUCAUGUUGAAACCAUGGAACGACAACAACGUAAUAACAGAGAUCAGACAUUGCGACAAGCUCAACAAAAUCGCUUAAAUGAGAUCUGCGAACAUGGUAUACAUUUGGUGGCAUAUCAUAAGACAAACGAGACCAGAAUGAGUAAACUAGGUAAAUCAGUCAUUCAGUAUCACACUCACAUCGAAAAGGAAGAGCAGAAGAGAGUAGAAAGAAUCGCCAAGGAGCGUAUUCUCGCAUUAAAGAAUGAUGAUGAGGAAGCUUAUCUAAAGUUAUUGGAUGAGGCAAAAGACACCCGUUUAACUCACCUAUUAAAACAAACCGGCCAGUUCUUGGAAUCGCUUACAAAAUCAGUAGUGGAUCAACAAAAUGAUAAGGAAAAUGAUACAGAAGCAGCUGCAUCUGCUGAUUAUUAUCAAAUUACUCAUCGUGUCCGCGAAGAAGUUUGUCAACCAAGUAUUAUGGUCGGUGGUAAAUUAAAAGAUUACCAAGUGAAGGGAUUGCAGUGGAUGGUUUCCUUAUAUAAUAACAACUUGAAUGGUAUUCUGGCGGAUGAAAUGGGCCUCGGAAAGACUAUCCAGACUAUUAGUUUAAUCACAUACCUAAUUGAAAUGAAGAGACAAAACGGACCAUUUCUCAUUAUUGUACCACUGUCAACCUUGACAAAUUGGACAUUGGAAUUUGAUAAAUGGGCACCUUCUGUAUCCAAAGUGAUUUACAAGGGAAAUCCAACAGUACGACGCCACUUGGCCGGUGUGGUUCGAUCGGGCGGUUUUCAAGUAUUGUUGACCACUUUUGAGUAUAUUAUUCGUGACAGACCUGUCUUGAGCCGUGUUAAAUGGUUGCAUUUAAUAAUGGAUGAGGGUCAUCGUAUGAAAAAUGCCAAUUCCAAGCUCAAUGUGUGCUUGCGACAAUCUUACAAGACACGUUAUCGAUUGAUUCUUACUGGUACCCCACUUCAGAAUAAUUUACCAGAAUUAUGGGCAUUGUUGAAUUUCAUCCUGCCAAAGAUUUUUAAGAGUGUAAAGAGUUUCGAAGAAUGGUUCAAUACCCCAUUCUCAAACCAAGGUGUACAAGACAAAGUAGACUUAAAUGAAGAGGAACAAUUGCUGAUUAUCAAACGUUUACACAAAGUCCUUCGACCAUUUUUAUUAAGAAGAUUAAAGAAGGACGUUGAAUCUGAACUACCCGAUAAAGUAGAACAUGUCGUUAAAUGUCGCUUAUCUACGUUGCAACUCAAGAUAUACCAACAAUUGAAAAAGAGCAAUGCGCUCUAUGUCAACAAUGAGUCCAAUGCUUCUGUCAAGGGUUUAAAUAAUACCAUCAUGCAACUUCGUAAAGUAUGUAACCAUCCCUUUGUAUUUGAGGGCGUCGAAACGACACUAAAUCCCAGCGGAAAAUCCAACGAGCUCUUGUAUCGAAGCUGUGGUAAAUUCGAACUACUUGAUCGUAUGUUACCCAAAUUACGUAAUACAGGCCAUCGUGUCUUGAUCUUCUUCCAAAUGACACGUAUCAUGAGCAUUAUGGAGGAUUAUUUAAACUGGAGAAAUUACCCCUAUUUAAGACUGGAUGGUUCUACCAAAUCGGAUGAUCGUUCAUCUUUGUUACAUCAAUUCAAUCAACCCAAUUCGCCUUACUUCAUCUUUUUAUUAAGUACACGUGCAGGUGGUCUUGGUCUGAAUUUACAAACCGCAGAUACUGUCAUUAUCUUUGACUCGGAUUGGAAUCCUCAUCAAGAUUUACAAGCUCAAGAUCGUGCACAUCGUAUUGGACAAACAAAAGAAGUGCGUAUCUUUCGAUUAAUCACCUCAAAUUCAAUUGAAGAAAGUAUCCUGGCAAGAGCAAAUUAUAAGUUAGAUAUUGACGGCAAGGUCAUCCAAGCGGGUAAAUUUGAUAACAGAAGUACAGAAGAAGAUCGUGAGGCUUUCUUGAGAACCUUGCUUGAAGAUAAAAUCGACGACGAGGAUGAACCGGAUGAGGAAGCUAACGAAGAUGAAGAAUUAAAUGAGAUGUUACAAAGAUCAGAAGAUGAAAUGGUCGUAUUUAGAAAAAUGGACGCAGAGCGUGAACGAUCAGAAACAGAAAUGUACAGACGUAGAGGCUAUAAUAAGCGAUUAGACAGACUUAUUCAAGAAGAUGAGUUGCCUGAUGUCUUUACCCAAGAAGAACAACUUAUCAUACAGCACGAUUCAACUAUUGACUUUGGAAGAGGUCGUCGAGCAAGAGAUGAAGUGAGAUAUGACGACGGAUUAACAGAAGAAGAAUGGCUAGAUGCUAUUGAAAGAGAAGAGGAGGAAGCAGAAAUGGAAAUGAAUCGUUCUAGAAAACGUGGUAAUACAAACGAACAAUCCAAGAAGAGAAUAAUUGAGCAACAGGAGGAGUCGAAUCGAAAGCGUAAUAAGCAUUAUGAUGUUUUGGUGCCGGAAAUUAGACAGCAAUUGACACGAAUUUUCGAGGCAUGUUACAAGGCUGUAGAAGAAGCCACAGUAGAAGAAGAACCGGAGGAAGAUGAUGACGAAGAAGAAGUCAUAUACCGUCAGCGCUGUGAAUUAUUCAUGGAUCUUGUCAGUAAAAAAGAAUACCCCAUAUAUUAUACAUUGAUCAAAAACCCAAUCUCCAUGAAUAUCAUCAAAAAACGCAUCCACUCUAAUUAUUACGAAUCUUUACUUCAAUUUGAGCAAGACUUCCACCUGAUGUUUGAUAAUGCACGCAAAUUCAAUGAGGAAGGUUCUUACGUCUAUGAAGAUGCUGAUGAGAUGCAGGUAAAGCGAAAAUAG